AUGGCCAACAAGCUAGGACUGCAGAAGGAAGAAGCGAAUAUAUCAAUCACCGGAAUCAGCAACAUCAAGUCCAACGUACGACAUAAGGCAUGGAUUCGAGUUUUCUCCAGGUAUAGCAGCUUCAAAAUAGAAUUGAAUUGCUUGGUCUCUCGUAAGAUCAUCGGAAUUUUGCCGACUUUUGAAAUCGAUAUUGCCUCGUGGAACAUUCCGUCUGGAAUACUCUUGGCAGACCCCACAUUCUACAAACCUGGUCAAGUUGAUUUAUUGAUCGGGAUGGAGUGGUUCAACGACCUGAUGAAGCCCGGACGAGUCAAACUAUCAGAGAACCUUCCGAUUUUCCUGGACUCACACUUUGGAUGGCUUGUUGGAGAAAAAAUCACUGACGAAUUGAUAUCUGGAUCUGUCGCUUUUUCACACACCGCAAUAUCGUCAUCAGAUCAAUUGAGUUUCUGGAAAUUGGAGAGUGUGGAUAUAGAACAAAGCGUACCAUCCGAGGCUGAAGAGUGCGAGGCCCACUUUCAGUCUUCAUUCCGGCGUACCUCCGAAGGUCGAUGUGUAGUUCAACUGCCUUUACGAGAAACUUGUAAACAGCUAAGUUAA